GCCAACAUGCAAAGCUCACAUGUCAAUGUAGGGGGGGAGACCUUCAGUGUGUUGGUGAGCACAUGGAACAUGGGCAAUGCCAAACCACCUCGCGACUUGACUGACUGGUUGGGCGGUGGUAAGGACUACGAUAUCGUGGCCAUCGGAGCGCAAGAAGCCGAUUGGUUGCUGCAGAAGAAGGAAAAGGAUAAGUCAGGUGGGUGA